CGCAGCAGCCAAUCAGCGGCUCCGCCGUCUCCCCGCCGCCUAUAGGGCCCGCUGCACGGAGCGGAAUGGUGAUACAUAGUGCGCAGCUCGCACGUGUACACGGAUCGGUGACAGCCCCUCCCCCCGCAGGUGUAGUAACGCAAGCCUCCGUGUGUUGGCUCCAUCCCGGCCGCAGCAUGCCGUCUCCCAUCCCUGUAGAGCGUUUCCUUCCCCGGGACCUGUCCCCGUCCAUAGACCUGCGCCCCUGCAGCAGCCCCCUGGAGCUGAGCCGCACCAAGCCCAGCGCCCUCCUCCCCUGCGCCUUCCCCCGGCGCCCGGCUGUGCCCCGGCUUCCCCCCCGCCUGGCCUGGUGCAGCAUUGACUGGGAGCAGGUGCGGGUGCUGGAGCCCCUCGGAUCCGGGGGCUUCGGCUCCGUGUACCGGGCCACUUACCGCGGACAGACCGUGGCGCUGAAGAAGGUGAAGCGCUGCAGCAAGAACCGACUGGCCUCCCGGCAGAGCUUCUGGGCCGAGCUGAACGCCGCCUGCCUCCGGCAUCCGCAUGUGGUGCGCGUCCUGGCGGCCAGCGCCUCCUGCCCCGGUGACCCGGACAGCCCGGGCACCAUCAUCAUGGAGUAUGCGGGCAGCUGCACCCUGCACCAGCUCAUCUACGGCCGCGGCCCCCCGCUGGACAAGGGGCGGUGUGUGCGCUAUGCCCGGCACGUCGCGGACGGACUGUCCUUCCUGCACCGGGGCGGCGUGGUGCACCUGGACCUGAAGCCGGCCAACGUGCUGCUCGCCCCGGGAGACCUGUGCAAGAUCGGGGACUUCGGCUGCUCGCACCGUCUGCGGGAUGGGGAAGACGGCGAGGAUCCGUGCUGCACCCAGCUCCGCCACGUAGGGGGCACCUACACCCACCGGGCCCCGGAGCUGCUCCGCGGGGAGCCGGUGACGGUGAAGGCGGACAUCUACUCGUAUGCGGUGACCGUGUGGCAGAUGGUGACCCGGGAGCUGCCGUACACCGGGGAUCGUCAGUGCGUGCUGUACGCCGUGGUCGCCUAUCACCUGCGCCCGGAGAUCGGACAGGUGUUCAGCUGCACCGAGGCCGGCAGGGCGCUCCGGGACAUCGUGCAGAGCUGCUGGGUGCCCCGGCCGGAGGACAGACCCAGCGCCGACCACAUCCUGCACUCACUGGGCUCCGGGGACUGCAGCUCCGCGUCCUCUGUGCAGCUGGGAGAGGAUCCAGAGCCCGGCACCUGUCACCCUGAAGCCUCCUACACCUGACAGUGCACGGGCAGUCUCUUCAAGGAACACUGCACCUCCGGGCCAUGGAGCCGCAGUCUCUCCAGGAUGAGGACAUGCUGAGUGUUGUAGUCCUCCAGGAGCCCGGACGUCUCCUGUUCUAAUGAGUGAAGCACACGGGUGACUACUGGAGGCAACAGAGCAGUGUCAUGUGACUAAUGGUGGGCACUGGUGGUGGCACCGGGCAGGCAGCACUGGGUGGUCAUAUGUGUAUGUUCUAUGUGUUUUUAUGUCUAGAACUUUCCAAGACGUUUGGUGUUUUCUCAAUAAAUGUUAUAUGGAUAAUACUGGAUGCCAUAUGCCAGCCUCUGCUGAAUGGUGAUUGGUCUAGGACAGCUGAGCAUGCUUAAAGGGGGACUCUGCUGACAGAGGGGCUGGUCAGUAUUAUGGAAAUUGUUAGUGAUUUACAGAUCCUUGCUUGUUGUCAUUGUAUGGAAAACUCCUAACAUACAACCUGUGCAGACCUGUCAACACAGCAGAGUAUUGGGAAAGAAUAUUGCAGCUGCUGUGUUUAUCUCCUAGGACAGGGUUUCCCAGUCUGUGCGCCUUCAGCUGUUGCAAAACUACAACUCCCCGCAUUGCAGCUGUCAGGCAUUGCUGGGAGUUGUAGUUUUGCAACAGAUGAGACACCCUGGUGGGGAAACAGUGUCUAGAACAGCGUAUCCUAACCUUUGGCUCUCAAGCUGUAGCAGAACUACAACUCCCAGCAUGCUCAAACAGCUUUUGGCUAUCUGGACUUGAUAGGAGUUGUUGUUUUGAUAACAGGGGAUGUCAUGAUGGGACACACAAAAAGAAGCGGGCAGCUGCUUCACUGGCAUUAACCCGAAUACACAAGGUUACAAUGCAGGUGAACCAGAUUAAAAUGAGGCAUCACUUCCUCAGAUCGGUGCCCUGUGCUAUAGAUAAAUGAAUAGUAGAAAAUAGGAACUGAGGUAGCACUGGAUC